GUUGCCUUCAGGGUUGGUGUUUGCCUACAGUUGCGACAUCUUUUUUUCUCCCAAAGGAGUUUGCUUUACUUUUAAGUUCUUCUAGUUAAUCCAUUUCAAUUUCAUCCAUACCUAUUGUUUGUCGCUCGUUAUUCGUGCUCGUGUUAGCGUGUUUUUAGUUGCGCGCGUUGAGUCUGUUAUUGAUAUUGAUACCCUGUACCCGCUGCUACUGUGUAUUGAAUGGUGGAAUUGAAUUGGCGCUGGGAAUAAGUCAAAUGGCGAAUGAGUCAAGGUCCUACCUGUGUGGUUUAUUCCGCACCGGACCAAGGCCCGCCCCAAGGCCGACUGGAGAUAAUGGACUACGAGGAGUCGAAUUCUCCCCGAGAUCUUCCAUCGCAAGUUCAGUGGCUCCUACUGCCGUCGUAUCCCCUCUAUCACAGCCGGGCCGUGCCACAACGGUCCUCGAUAACCCGGAAUUGGCUGGAUAUUACUCGCCUCCAGGACCUCGGGCUAUACUUCCACCAAACCCGUCCCAGGAAUUAAGGGGCUACUAUGCCCCUGAGCCGGCUCUGGCUCCCGCUGUGCAGCCGAGGGUCCAUCCUACGAAGGUGGCAUAUUCGUGAAUUUAUAGAUGUUUCUCUAUCUCGCGGACAUACGAUCAUCAGACCCUUAUGCUUUCCUAUUGAGGGGGGCCACAAGAUUACACAUAUACCAUAUAUAUGGGGCAAGAAACUGAUUUGGUGGUUUAUUCGGCGUUACAAUUUACAUCACAAGAAAGCCCCCUGGGUGAUUGUUCGUCUCAUUGAUGGGUUGGGUACUUAUAGCCUUACGAUGUAAGCUCUCCGCAGUGACGAGCCACUUCAAAUAUUUACGCUAGAUUGAAUAUGUCAUGUGGGAACUACGCCGUUCAUUAUGAUGAGAUCAAAGAUAUAUAUUUAAGUAAAUACAUGUAAGGACACAGGUGAGGUAAGUAGAUGUAUUCUUCUCUUGUUUGCUUUAGUUACCACCUUAGUAAGUAGUUACAUAAACUAUCUAACUCAAAGACAAGGAGGUACUAUAUCUACUCAGACCCUGAUAGCAAUAGAUACUUAAAGCUACUUUAAUUCGGUCAGUUGUUACACCGUUGCCAUUGCUAAUUUUCACUUCUUAUAGGUUUGUAACUUAUAUGGUUCA